CAGCAAGCACACACACACACACACUCUCUAGAGAAAUGGCGAUGGCUAGGACGACGGCGCUCCUCCUCGUCGCCGCGGCUCUCCUGGCGGCCUCAUCCAGCGCAUGGGAGGUGAACAUCCAGAUGCCGGCGUCGGCGGCCGUGGACGAUGCUGUGGCACCGCUCAUCCACGCGCUGCGGCCGCUCCUGGGCUCCGGCAAGCAAGCCGGCGUGGCGUGCGAUAGCUGGCGGCUGGGCGUGGAGGCGCACAACGUGCGGGACUGGAAGACGGUGCCCGCCAGCUGCGAGGAUUACGUCGGCCACUACAUGGUCGGCGACCACUACCGCCGGGACUCCAAGGUCGUCAUCGACCAGGCCAUCGCCUACGUCGACUCCCUCAAGCUCGCCGGCAACGGCAAGGAGGUCUGGGUCUUCGACGUCGACGAGACCACCCUCUCCAACCUCCCCUACUACGCCAAGCACGGCUUCGGGGCUACACCGUUCAACUCAACAAGCUUCAGGGCGUACGCACGGGAGGGAAGCGCGCCGGCGCUCCCGGAGACGAAGCGGCUGUACAACAAGCUUCUCUCGGUCGGCAUCAAGCCGGUGAUCCUCACCGGACGGAGGGAGAACCUGAGGGCCUCCACCACCACCAACCUCCGCAGCCAAGGCUACUCCAGGUGGAUGAAACUGCUUCUGAAGCAGCAAGACUUCAGGGGUUCCUCAGUGACCUUCAAGUCCGGCGAGAGGCAGAAGCUGCAGGAUGCCGGUUACAUCAUUGUGGGCAACAUCGGUGACCAGUGGAGCGACAUCCUUGGUGCUCCCGAGGGCGCCCGCACCUUUAAGCUUCCCGACCCCAUGUACUACAUCGGCUAGUUUCAUCGCUCGUCAUCCAUGAAUAAGCUCCAUGCUCUUUAAUAAUUGUAUGCAUGCUUUGUCUGUAAUCCUUCCCCUGUUGUUGCUUGGUCAUUUUCCUUUGUUGAGAACUUGAGAUCAAUUACUUGUAUUAAUAAAUGUGUCCCACGGAAGGUGCAUGUUGUUUAA